AUGAAUUCAAAUUUGGACAAAAGUUUAUUUCAACUUAAAUUUACUGCGAAACAAUUAUCAAGACAAGCUAAAAAGGCAAGUAAAGAUGAAACCGCAGAGAAGACAAAACUUAAAAAGGCCAUUGAACAAGGAAAUAUCGAAGGAGCAAGAAUAUAUGCAGCUAAUGCUAUUCGUAAAAAAAAUGAAUCAUUAAAUUUGUUAAGAUUAUCCUCAAGAAUUGAUGCAGUUUCAAGCAGAGUUCAGACUGCUGUUACUAUGCAAAAAGUAACAGGAUCAAUGGCAGGUGUUGUUAAAGGAAUGGACAAAGCAAUGGAAUCUAUGAAUCUAGAAAAGAUAUCAAUGGUAAUGGAUAAAUUUGAGUCACAAUUUGAGGAUUUAGAUGUUCAAACACAAUAUAUGGAGAGUGCGAUAGGAAAUUCAACUGCAAUGACUACACCACAAGAUGAAGUUGAUUUAUUAAUGCAAAAAGUAGCAGAUGAGCAUGGUUUAGAAUUGAAUCAAAGAUUGGGUGAAGCCGUACCAAGUAAUAUUAUUGGUGAGGAAACUACUAAAGAAGAUGAAGAGUUAACUCAACGUUUACGCAUGUUGAGACAAGUUUAA